UUUCUCAAUUGUCAGAAAAGACUUGUUCUCCCGCAGGCCCAUCGAUGGCAACUUCGGCGUCUAAAAACUGCACAGACCCCCAGGUGGACUAAACCGAGGACUUGAUGACAGGGAGGUAAUAUUUGGACUCUUUUAGAGGGGGCGCGCUAUUUCCGUGCGGCGAGUGGAGAUGUCCGAGGAAAAUUUGGGGGAAGAGUCGAGCAGCUCCCCGGUCUCCCCUGUGGACAGCCUGACCAACAGCGAGGGGGAGGCGGACACGCAGCCCAAAAGAAGCGCGAGGAAGCGGAGGCCGAGCAGGAAACACGCAGCCGACGACUCGGACAGCCCGAUUCCGACGGGGGGCAAACGGGGCAAGAAGUCGAGCAGCAGCGGCAGUCCGCAGUCGCUCGAGGAGCUCCAAAGCCAGCGAGUCAUGGCCAACGUGCGGGAGCGACAGAGGACUCAGUCGCUCAACGAGGCGUUCGCGGCCCUGCGCAAGAUCAUCCCCACGCUGCCCUCGGACAAGCUGAGCAAAAUACAGACGCUCAAACUGGCCGCCAGGUACAUCGACUUCCUGUGCCAGGUGCUGCAGAGUGACGAGCUGGACGCCAAGAUGUCCAGCUGCAGCUACGUGGCCCACGAAAGGCUCAGCUACGCCUUCUCCGUAUGGAGGAUGGAAGGCGCCUGGUCCAUGUCCACAUCUCACUAGCACCCGGACGGCUCGAGCCCAACAUGGUGACUGCUGAUUCUAAACUUCUCACAUUCUGAUGGGACAUAUCUGGAGUCCAAUGCUGGAUACAUGGGAUCACUAUUUAAAGCAUAGACCACGGAGGUGCUGCAGGAGAUUUUUUUUUUGUUUGUUUGUUUUUGCAGCCCCCUCACACCCUCUACUCUGAUGACGGUGUAUUUACAUGUUGUUGACGACGAAUGUUGAAUAUAUCACGGCUGAUGCCUGUUAAGAAGAGUUGAUUUUACUAAACGUAUUGGGACUGAUUUCUGCCACGGUGCAGCAAGGCAAUGUAACUUGUGUGUGUAGGUGGCGAUUGCGUGUGCGUGUUUGUGUUUAUGUGCGUGUGUGCGUGUGUGCGUGUGUAGUUCUCUACUGGUGGUGUAGCCCACAUUAUAAGGCUGUUUUUGUGGAUCAAACCUGUGCAAAAAAUAUUUUCCAGAAAGCAUUUAUUUAUUUAUUGGUAUUACAUUUAGGAAUUCAUCCUGUGUCUGAAAUAUAAAUACAUUCCUAUUUUUAUUAUCACUUUUGUAAAUGUAUAUAUUUUUUUGCAAUAAAGAAAACGAGAACA